UAAGCGGCGUUGAGAGCGGUUCAUGUUGCGGCUAGUUUUUGGCUGCACAGUUGGCAAAAAGUGAAAUAAAUAUCGCCGGAACUGCGACCAAACCUGUUUUGGGCGCUGUUUUUACCAAUAACAACAAAGCAACGCAUGCGAAUGACGAAACGACCUUAAGAAAAAGUUAUAAAUACGAUAACGACAAAGUGUAAUGUAAUGUAAAGAAAAGUAGCAACAAAGAAACUACUAUCGGAGUUUUAUUUAAAUAAAUAAAGUUAAUAAUAAAGCGCGGGUGGCUUAGUGAGAGAGUGAGACAAAGAGAGUGGUGCAACACAUAAGCAAUGACAUUGGAGAGACAACGUAAUGUUCUUUGUCAACGCUACGCCUGCGCGACGCCCAAAGCAGCGCUGCUUUUAACGCUCUAUAUAACGGUUUUCCUGUUUAGCUUGUUAAGUGCAGCAUCUGCUGAGGGCGAGGAGGAAGAUGGUCCAUACCGCGGAAAAUAUUUGGGCAAGCUCAAUUCUUAUCAUCAUCAAGUAUCCGGCGAUGUAUAUGCCGUAAAUGAAUUCACUUUCCUAAUAGUGGGCUUCAAUUACGAUGGCAAUGGAGCUGACACAUUUUUCUGGGCAGGCGCCAGUAAUAGACCCGGCCCACAGGGAUUUAUAGUGCCAGACGAAUACGGCAAAACUAACAUACUGGAUCGUUACCACAACAAGGAUUUCACUUUGACACUGCCAGAUCGCAAGAAGUUGACAGAAAUCAAGUGGCUGGCAGUCUAUGAUCUGAACAAUCAGAACAACUUUGGUGACGUUUAUAUACCGGAGGAAUUUGAGCCGCCACGCACGCAGACCGGCGGCACUUUCUCCAAGCGCAGUCACAAUGUUAGCAGCAGCAGCAUUGAGAUUGUGGAUUCAAAGACUAUACGCAUUAUGGAUUUUACUUACGAUGGGCGUGGCAAGCGCACGUUCUUUUGGACGGGCGUAGGUGCUCAGCCCUCCAGCCGUGGCAGCAAAAUGCCCGACGAGCGGGGCUAUCUAGAUCCCAUACGGCGCUACAACAAGGAAACCAUUGAGCUGGAGCUGCCAGGUGACAAGACCAUCUUUGACGUUGAUUGGAUUAGCGUGUACGAUGUGGCGGACAAUGAGAACUUUGGUCAUGUGCUAAUACCAGAUGGUUUGAAUGUGCCACCUUCGCUGGUGAAGAUAACACCUUAUGAGUUCUCUCUGCCAAAUUGCCGACAGCUGCACAAGGAUCUUCAAGUAUCCUGGGAAGUAUUUGGACCACAGAUCACGUUGCAAUUAUCUGGCCAGGUCGAGAAAACGGAUUACAUGUCCUUUGGCAUCUCCGGCUCAGAUGUGUCCAGUCAAAUGAUCGGCUCCGACGUUGUGGUGGCUUAUCUCGAUGACAUUCGUGGCUACACGGUGGAUUAUAAUAUAACAUCGCUGGCGCCUUGUGUGCAAGUGCUUGGCCAGAAUAAGGGCGUGUGCAGAGAUGAUGUUGUCGGCGGCUUGGACAGCUUCCAGUUGAAUACGUAUAGUCGCAAGGAUGGCAUUAACACCAUAAGCUUUAGACGCACAUUAAAGUCAUCGGAUGAUGGCGACAAAGAGAUCUUCCUGGACCGCAGCAACUAUGUGGUAUGGGCCUUUGGUCAACUGGACUCGAACAAUGAGCCCGCGUUUCAUACGCAUUAUCCAAAGAGCGACAUUAUAAUUGAUUUUAACACCACCGAUCCAGUCAACGAUUGCUUUAGUUUCACCAAACGCACAAGGCCCCCACCUCAGCUCUGGGAGCGAGCACGUAUAUCAGAUGCCACUGUGCGCACUUUCAAUGCUUACUUGGGACCCUCGGGCGGUAUACGUGGCUAUCAAGGCUUGACGGGUCAUGUCUCUAGCGGCUUGGCCUGGUACAUCAAUGGCUACAUGAUACCGGAACUGUAUUUGAAGCGUGGUCUUACCUAUACCUUCAAGGUGCGUGGCGGCAAUAAUCCGCAUUCACCGGAACAUUACCAUCCGUUGGUCAUCACUGAUGAUCCACAGGGCGGUUACGAUCGCUUAUCAGACGCUAAACAGAGUGAAAUUCGCGUUCUGGCAGGCGUAGAGUUUACUCGUCGUGGGCGCCCUAAGCCCACAGCAGCGGGUCCUCUCUGCCUGUCCCGCUAUCCCGAGAACUACGAUCGUCGUCUGGACGAUGACUUUGCCACGUUUAAAAAGUUUAAUCGUUCGCUGUUAAUCACUUGCAGCGACGAACCGCCGGCGCUGCUUGAGAUCACGCCCAACAUAACCUGGCCAGACACGGUGUACUACAAUUCUUUUACCCAUGGUAACAUGGGCUGGAAGAUACACAUUGUCGAUAACUAUAGCAAAUUACGCAGCGCUGCCCCCUGUUUAAGCCUUACAUGGCUGUCUGCACUUUCAGGUGUGCUGCUGUUGUUGCUUCUAAAGUAAUACUCGCUCUCAUAGUCGUGUUCGUCUCAAUAGUAAUACGUAGUAUUCUUAUUUAAGUCAAUAAGUCAUAAUUUUAAUUUAUG